UUUUAGCGCACGCCUGUUUAUAAGGUGCAUUUUGACCAACUCAAAAAACGACUUUAUAUCAAAUGUGAUCUAGAAAUUAGGUUUCAGAGAACUAUGACUGAAAAUUAAAAAAUGUUUGUUUUUUCAAUUGGAUAAAAACAUAUUAUUUAUUAUAUGUAUGCAUUUUUAUAUUCAUUUCGAUUAAUAUAUAAUUUCAAAUCAAUAGUUAAAAUCAACGUGUUAUCGCCAAACAGCUGUGAUACCGCGAUUGGAUUUUCAAGAUGUCAAAUUACAAUGGGAAAUUCCGUCACGGAACAUCUCGGGGAAGAGGGCGUGGUGGUGGAGGUGGCCACCCUCCUGGCUUGAAGGGCAAAGAAAUUGGUCUCUACUACAGAGACAAGGCCAAGCUCAACAAGAGUCGUAGAAAUGAAGUCAAUACAAACACAGUUAGAUUGAAUAUUGACAUAGAACGACGAAUCAGAUCUCUAAUUGAUUUUCAAUCCAGCGAUUACACGAGGCAAUCGGCGGCUCGAGCAAACUCUUCAGCCACAGAUCAGAGUUUUGACAGCGCGUACAACAAUAUUACCGAUUCCCACUUUAAACAAAAGUUUUUGAGGAUCUUGUCCGGGAACAUGCAGGCGAAUUUAGUCAACUCCAUACGCACCAUGUCGAAGUGGAAAAGAAAUGAAUUGUUAGAUGAAAACUUGGUACAGGAGCGUUCAAAAAUGUUGACGUCGCAGCAAUAUAUUAGUAUGUUGAAUUUUCGCGCCAAGCUACCGGCUUUCAAUAAACGAGAAGAAAUUUUGGACCUUUUAGAGCGGCAUCAAGUCAUCGUUAUUAGUGGUGAAACAGGCUGUGGAAAAACAACACAAGUGCCACAAUUUAUACUUGACAAUGAGAUCGAGCAGAGGAAUGGCAGUAUCACAAAAAUUGUGUGCACCCAACCGAGGAGAAUAUCGGCGAUAUCCGUCGCUGAAAGAGUCGCCGCAGAAAGAGGCGAGAGCGUUGGACACUCGGUGGGAUAUCAAAUUAGGCUUGAAAGGGUACAGAGUCGAUCACAAGGAUGCAUCCUGUUUUGUACGACUGGGAUGCUGUUGCAGUUUAUGCAAAAGGAUCCAGCUCUAACAGACGUUUCGCACAUAGUUCUGGAUGAGAUUCAUGAACGAAAUACUGAAAGUGACUUCAUCAUUUCCCUGUUGAAGAAAGUUAUUCCAAAGAGACCAGAUUUAAAAGUUAUUCUGAUGAGUGCAACACUGAACUCUGAACAGUUCUCUAGAUAUUACGACAACUGUCCAACAAUUCAUAUUCCGGGAUUCACGUACCCCGUUCAGGAAUUUUACUUGGAAGAUGUUUUAUCACUUACGAGAUUUCGCUUUCCUAUGGAUACUAAAAAUAACGAUCGAAGACUUCAUUACAAGAAGUAUAUAAAAAAGCAUAGGCAUCAAGCGGAAGAAAGUCAAUCCAAUCACUCAGUCUUCAUAGAGCCAUAUUUACGUCACCUUGAAUCUCAGGGUAAGUAUGCACAAUUUGUACUGAACGAAUUGCGUAAUCCGAAAAGUGAAGAAUUAUCGCUGGAGCUUGUAGAAGAAUUAGUUAGAUAUAUAUGUACGUCAAAAGACGCUGGAGCUAUACUUGUAUUUCUUCCUGGUUUAAUGGAUAUUACGAAACUUAAUAAGAUGAUGCUAGAAAGUGGACGAUAUCCAAGAGAUAGAUAUGUCAUAUAUCCAUUGCACUCGCGAAUGCCAACGGUUGAUCAAAAAUUAAUAUUCGAGAUACCUGCACAUGGAGUACGUAAAAUAAUUAUAUCAACCUCGAUAGCUGAAACUUCAAUAACAAUAGAAGAUGUCGUAUACGUCAUCGACUGUGGAAAAACCAAACUUUCUAGGUUUGAUUUAGAAAAUAACGUUCAGACAUUGUUGCCUGAAUGGAUAACAGUGGCAAACGCGCAACAGAGACGAGGACGAGCUGGAAGAGUGAAGCCUGGUAUAUGCUAUCAUCUCUACACAAAAGCAUGUGAACAUAUGUUCGAUCAUUAUCCAUUGCCUGAAAUGUUACGCUCACGUCUGGAUGAAGUGAUCCUACAAAUCAAGAUAUUGCAGUUGGGAAAAGCAGAUCCUUUUCUUGCCAGUGUCAUGGAUCCUCCUGAUCCCAAGGCUAUAGAGUUAUCUCUCGAUUUAUUAAGAAAACUCAAUGCACUUGAUAUGAAUGAAAAUUUGACUCCCCUUGGAUAUCAUUUGGCACAACUACCCUUGGAUCCUAGAACUGGAAAGAUGAUUAUAUGGGCUGCGCUUUUCUCUUGCAUUGAACCCGUCUUUGCUAUUGCGGCCAGUCUCUCCUUCAAAGAUGCGUUUUACUGCCCUCUUGACAGGGAGGAUGAAGCACGAAGAAAAAAGCUUGAGUUAGGAAUGGGUCAAUUCAGUGAUCAUCUCGCUCUUGCAGAAGCUCUUAGACGUUUUGAACACAGCAGUUUUCGCAAUAAGCAUCAAACUGCAUCGUUUUGCAGAGAAUACUUUUUAUCUUGGAACACACUUCGACUCCUGUCUGAUAUGAAGAGUCAGUUUGCUCGUAAUUUGUGUGAAAUGAAGUUUCUGCAAAACGAUAAUCCAAGUGAUAUGAACGCAAAUAGGAAUUCGAAUAAUUUGUCACUAAUCAAGGCUAUUGUGUGUGCAGGAUUAUAUCCGAAUAUUGCAGUUGUCAGGGGUAUUACCAAGCAUAAUAUAUUGGUAUACACACCAGAGGACGGACGAGUAAAAAUACACCCAUCAAGUAUAAAUGAAAAGAUUAGAUCUUUACCAAGUCCUUACUUGAUUUAUUUUCUGAAAAAACGAUCAACAGCAAUUUACUUACAUGAUACCACGUCUGUCAGUCCGUGGGCUCUACUCUUUACUAAUCCAAACAGAUUUGCAGGGGAAAGAGAAGGAAAGAGUAUCAUUACACUGUCAGAUUCUCUGAGUUUUUACUGUGAACCAACUACCGCUCAGAUCAUUCAAAGAUUACGUGAUAAAUUGGAUGCUAUUUUAGAACACAAAAUAACCCAUCCUGGCAGUGUUAACUGGGAUAGCCAAGAAGGGCGAAUUUUAACGGCUAUUAUACAGCUUUUAUCUCAGGGAGACCAAGAAAUGGGAUUGGAGUCUGGAAUGUAUCACGUUCUCGGAGAAUAUGACGGGGUUGACUAUUGCAAUUCCGAUCAAGACUAAUUAUUUAAUAGGAAUCAGAUAUCUACAGUUUUGUAAUAAUACUAAUAAAAUAACAAUGAUGUAUUAUAUGUGGAUGAUGUAGAUGUGUGUGUAGAUGCACGAAUGUAAUAAUAUGUAGUUAUAUAUUUUGUUUUGAUUUUUACAUUCUCAUCAAAGAAGGUAUUAGAUUUGUAUCAAAUUUGACUCCCUU